AUGUACAUCUCUGUUUCGUUGUCUAAAAUUCACUCAAAAUACUUAACUAAGACCCCAGACUUCACUGGUGCGCCAAAUCUCGAGAGACUGAUUCUUGAUGGUUGUACGAGUUUAUCUUUUGUUCACCCAUCCAUUGGACUCCUCAAAAAGCUUAUAUUAUUGAAUUUGAAAGACUGCAAACAGUUUAAGAGUCUGAGAGCUAAAAUUGAAUGGGAGUCUCUUGAAGUUCUUAUCCUUUCUGGCUGCUCAAAACUCAGUAGUGUUCGAGAGAUCAUGUCCAAUACGAAGCAUCUCGCAACGCUUAAAGUUCUUGAUCUCAAUGGCUGCUCAAAACUAGACAAACUGCCGGAGGACUUGGGCCAUCUCGCAAGUUUGGAAAGUCUUGACUUAGGUGGAACUGCUAUGAGCCAACCACCAUCUUCUAUUGUGCUAUUGAAAAACCUCGAACAAUUAUCUUUUCAUGGAUGCAAAGGAAAAGCUAGAAAGUCCUGGAGUUCUCUCUCGAGCUUGUUCCCAUUGUUCCCUAGAGCAAAUCUAGAGUCCGUGGGCUUGAGGUUACCUUCUUCUUUAUCAGGUUUAUGCUCUUUAAGACAAUUGGAUCUAGGUGAUUGCAACCUGCAGGAAGGUGCAAUUCCUUCUGAUAUUGGCUUCUUACCAUCAUUAAUAAAAUUAAAUUUGAGUAGCAAUGAUUUUGUUAGUUUACCUGCAAGCAUCAGUCAACUCCCUCAGCUUGAAACUCUUUCUAUAGACUAUUGCGAUCGACUUCAGGCCUUGCCAGAGCUUCCAGCAAGUACAGAUGGAUUAUAUGCUCGGAAUUGCACAUCCUUGGAAAUAAUAUCAUCAAGUCCGUCACAUAUAUUCAAAUCAACACCACGAAUGUUUUAUUUUAAUAAUUGCUUCAGACUGGCUGGAAGUAGAAGAACCCAUGGUGUGACAGUCACUUUUUUUAAAAAUCUGCUUCAUUCGCUGUUAAAAAGUCAAGUUCAGGGACUUAAAUGUGGAGUUACACGUUCUGAUUUCGAAAUUAUUGUUCCCGGAUCUCAAGUUCCAGACUGGUUCAUUCAUCAGAGUGAAGGGUCAUCAAUAAGUAUUUCUCAACCAAUGCCAACAUGUAGCGGACUGGCACUUUGUGCUGCUUUUUCAGUACAUCAUCCAAAGGGUUUCUAUCAAGACCAAUGGAUGAAUCUUCGUUGUCAUUUAGAAGUGAAUUUCACAACUACAGAUGCUGUUUCGAAAACACUCCUGGACAAUCCAAGGACAGUUGCUGUCUCCAUGUCAGUCCCUCUACAAACCUUGGCUGGGACAGAUCACCUGUGGUUGUUCUACAUUUCUAGAAGUUAUCUCACCUACAAUGAUUUUUUUUAUCUAAGUAUGGUUUCUUUCAGGGAUGAAUCCCAUGAAGGGUUUACCAUCAAGGUAAAAGAAUGUGGGCUCCGUCCAGUGUAUGAUUCUGAUGUUGAAGAAUUCAUUAGAGCAUCUAAUAAUCUUAGCAGCAAUACUAGGCCUGAGGUUUUGGAUCCUGAUAGAUUAGCAGUAACAAGUACUAUCAUCAAGAGAAGCUGUGAUUACUGCUCUGAUCAGCAGCCGUAUCCAAAAAGAUUGAAGUGA